AUGCCUCCGACGAGCAUGAAGGCUGUUCCGAUGUCGUCGACGGCUGCACCUCGUGCUGCGGUGCCAGUGAAGCCGGAGCACAAGGUGAAGAUCGACGUCGACCCGCAGGUUCGUCAGCUAAAGAAGGCGAGUUCUCGACUAGAAGAAGAUGGAGAGACUGCGUUAAGUCCGCGGGUCAGGAGGCGCUUGUCGGACGCUCAGGAGAGCGCUACCAUCUUCAGCAUGGUGUGCGAGCAAGGCGAAGUGAUCCAGUGGAUGGCAGCGUGUCACCCGGAAUUGACAGCAUUUGGAGUUGAUUUGGAGCGGCGUGGGUACCGGACGCUAAGCAGCAUCGCGUUCCUUACUGAAGAAGACGUGGAGAGUGUGGCAAAUCCGGACUUGCGGCAAUUACUGCUGACUACUCUCACAAGGCUGCGGCACGAAUUGUUUCGCAUGUGA